AUGGCAGCUGCUUGGAACGAAGGUCAGCACCAGUCGCGCUCUUCAAGGCCUCCGGCCCUGCAGGGUGGCGACAGUACUGCACGUACGGACUCUUGCGCUGAGGGUCACCCGGACGUUGCAGCUGCAUCGCCACGGCUCCAGCCUGAUGGUCAAUGUCGUCUCAGCAAAAACGGUUUGCAGAUCCUUCGCUGGGCUUUGCCAAGUCUGGCUUUGCUUGGUGGCUUCUUCCUGGAGAAUGUCGGACUCUACCUAGCCACGCAACGAUACGUCCGCUGGAUGGAUGAACUUCACAAGCCGAAUGACGCUGUGGCUGCUAUAGCAGAUGCACUGGAAGGUGGCUCCUUGCAUGGUGCAAGGUGGCUCAGCUCCGAUGUCGGUUUCAUGUCUUUGGUGUUGGAGUCCAUCACCGACCUUCUGCCGGUCAUCUGCUUGGGGCUUAUUUGGCGCUUCGGGGACAUUCGGCUCUGGUGUCAGACGACUUUUGCUGGAGCUUUGCUCAUGACGCUGAAGGCAACGAUGAAUCUUGACCAGGUCACUAAAGGUUUGGGUGGUUGGUGUCAUUCUGGAGCUCUGCAGUCCCUCAAAACCAGCGGCGCAGCCGCAGCAACCAUCAAGAAGGGGCCCACAAACAAGCUUAAUCGUGCUCGUAUCGCUCUUGCUGCUAUGGACUGGAUGCGUGAGCAGAUUGCCUAUCCGAAGCAGCCGCAGAUCCAGGUCCAGGGGAUGCGGUUUGACGGAGCUGGAGGGAGACCACGCGCCCUGCGCAGAGCCAUAGAUGCUGAGAAGCAACGGAAUUACGCAUCCCUGGACAUGCUCACGUGCACCGAGAAAGUGGAUCUGGAGAAGAGGAACGACCAAUUUGUGGAUCGUCUUGAGAAAGGACAGGAGAGCUGGCACAGCGAGAAGAUGGAGCAGCGCCCAGAGGAGAUGCAGGCGAGCUUGGACAGUUUUGCGAAGGCGCAAGACAGCUUGCGCAGCAAGAAGAUGGAGCAGCGCAUCGAGGAGAUGCAAGCAAGCUUGGAGAUGCAGGCUUGCGUGGAAAACCUUACGAAAGAUCACAGCAGCUUGCGAAACGAGAAACUAGCGCAACAAAAGCUCAGCGGCCUUGUGGCGCAGCAGGGCCGGACAGCCACGGCUUUGAGGCAGCAGCUGGGGCAGGAUGCAGAUAAGCUGCAGGCAAUUUCCGGGGAGUUGGCAGAAGGGUCAAAGUCGCAGCAGCAACACGACCAUCCGUUGCUGGACAUGGUGUCUGACAUUCUGCUCCUGGAGGUCAGAGGCUUCUGGUUUGCGCGUCCUUCACGUGGCAGGCUUUGCGCAGACUCCACGUUCAGUGGCGGCGCCUGUCUAUGCGUGCUGUUUUGCACCAGUCUUUGUGAGGUCAGCAUCAUGCUGUCCUUGAGACCGUCCACACGUCAAUCUGCAGAGGAGGCAGACGUUCUGCUACCGGCGAUUGCGCAAUGCAUAAGGUAUUUGCUGGCGGUGCUGAUGGUGGGAAACGUUGUCAUGCCGGUGCUUGAAGGGUCGCAGCGUGCCGAAGCUGCAGCACUUGCGGUCGUCACGGCACUUGGCGUUUGCAACAGCCCGGCUGUAGCGUUGGCGGUGGAUGCUUGGUGCAGAAUUUGGCCAUCAGAAGAUGCGAGCUCUUGCCUCGAAACGCCACUGUCACCGAAUUCUACUGCAGCGCUGAUGGGCUUCGCGAGGCUGCCUGGAGAGGAGGAUUGGGAACAAUGCCUCACUGACGUUGGCAAGGUUCUCAUCCCACCACCAUGGUCGGUUGGGCAGGAGUACUGCUACCUGCGGCAUCAGCCCCUUCCCGAAGCAUCUGCGCAAAAGGAGGGCGUGAUGCAGCAGCUCCUAGUGAUCCUGCGCCAAUCUCAGGAGCAGCUCGCACGCAAGGAGCAAAAGAAGUCUGAGCUGCUCAAGAAGGAGCAAGCCGAUGAGCUUCUAAGUGCACAACGGGCUGAUCGGUUUGCGGAGCAACGCAUCCAAGAGGCGUUGUCUGAUCAGCACAGACUGCUAAACAGCCGAGCGAGACGGAAGAGAACCCAGACGAUGGACUUUCGCCAGAGCGGCCAGUCUGCAGAUGGAUUGCUUCUCGCAAGCGCAAUGAGCGCAAUGAAGCCAAGACAGGUCCGCAUCAGAACCUACGAGCGUCGAUGGAACCAAGGUCGGGUGGCCAAAAGCGAGCUUUGUCGAGCAUUGGCCUUCAAGGCUCUGGCUGCGUACUGUGAGAAAGACAUGGCCUUCCACCAGUCUUCGGGUGGCUUUGCCUUGCGAGUCGCCGGUUGCGGACUGGGCGGAGAAUCCUUCGACGCAUUUACAGACGAAGCGCUGCAGCUGAAGAGGUUCUCACUACGCCUCCAGUGCAAUCAGAGGGUGAAGCGCUCGUGGUCUGGCUGCAUGGCCUCGGUGACACUGGACAAGGCAGUCUUCAAUCGAGCAGUGAAGUCCAGGUAUGAUGUGCCAACCCUUGAUCCGGAUGAAAUUGCCAGGCAAGAGUCUCCACCUGGGCUGCUCGAGAGCGCAGGUCAGGUCUUGAACUUGGUCGAGCCGCAUGUACGUCGAGGAAUUCCUCCCAGCCGCGUUUUCUUGGUGGGAUAUUCCCAAGGUGGUGGCCUGGCGCUCGCAGCGGCUUUGCGGGCUCCGCGUCGUCUGGGGGGCGUCCUGAUGCUGAGCUCGUGGGUAGCAGAGCCGCUGCCUAACGACUUCCAGGAUGUGCCAGUGCACAUCUUCCACGGUGCGGAGGACCCCGUUGUGCCCUUGAGCACUGCUGAGCUGGGCAGAGCACGUCUCGAGGCAGCUGGGCUUAGAACGACCUUCCGUGCCUAUGCCGGCAUGACUCAUGGAGUUUGCGAUGAAGAGGUGGCAGAUCUGGCUCAGACCUUCUAUGAGUCGGUUUUGCGAAACAUCUGCAGCUCCUUCGGCAACGUGGAAGAUGUGUGGGUACGUGUGGUGGACCGCACUGCGACGUUGCAUGAAAGCUGGGGCUUUGUACAUUUCGCGGCUGAAGAAGGGGCCACGCUGGCACUUGAAGCAGAGCAAGACCUCUGGCAGCAGUUGGCUGAAGCUCAAGGACUACAGCUCGAAGUGCGAUCCAUAAAGGCCACUCUUCUGGAGCCCAAGGCUGAGAGCCCGGUGCUCACAGAGCCUGUCAUUGUGCAGGCGCUCGAAUCUGAAGAUGUCGCCAACUUCGAUUUCGAAUCAUUCAGAGAGCGAUUUUCCAUGCAGCUCGGACGCCCUGUGUUGCGAAGGGAUGCCGAGAUGAUCUUCAAGGUGCUGCAUGACAAAAGGCCAGAUGCCACCGUUCGUGGGAUCCUCCAAGCUGUCAAGAAUGUUUGCACUGAUGCAGAACAAGGCAAGAAUGUCAUUCUUACAAUGGCAUACUCAGCAAAUUAUGCUCCGGGAGAAGUCUGUCAGGCAGUCAACCGCGCGUACGCUAGACGACAUGGCUACUCCUUCGUCUGCGAGGUCUUGACCAAGGAGGAGAUGCUGGAUGUUAUUUCCCCGCGCGAUGCUUGCACCUGGUACAAGGUGCUAAUGCUGAAGCGAGUGCUCGAGAGCGCAGAAGACCAUGAGUAUGUUGUUUGGCUUGAUGGUGACGCCGCCAUUCUAGACCACAACAAAGCCCUCAGCGUCUUCAUUCAUCAGGCAAAAGGCCGCCACCUGAUCUUGCAGGAGGAUCUGUCGGCAGAAUGCCGCAUCAAUUGCGGCGUGAUGAUAUUGAAGAGGUCCAAAUGGACGCUUACGCUGCUUCGAUUGCUAUGGGAUGGAAACCUGUCGCGGAGGCACCAUUGCAAGCCGUACUACGAGCAGUCAGCCUUAGUGAAGCUGCUCGUGGAAGCCUGUGAGCUGGGAGCCAGGCCUUCUCCUGAGCGACUGCAACAUCCCUGGUUUUCUGAACAAGUCUGCAUUCUGCCGCCGCGGUGGCUCCAGACCAACCGACUCCGGGAGGCGGAGUGCAAUCCAGCUCCGUCAGGCAGCAGCUCUGCGCGGUGUGCUUGA